CGCCCUAUUUCCCCAACCAAACAGACCCACCCCGUAGUCCAUUUUACUUUCUUGGGUCCAAGCCCAAUUUCGCUCUCGCCCCUCUCUCAUCUCCCUCCGCCUCCGCUUCCGCCGGUGGCAGAUCCUAUCCGGUGCGUCUCCGGCGGCUGGAAAUCGGCGACCGAGCUCUAGUAUCGACGAAUCGAAGCACUUUUGGGCGUCGCCUGUCAAAAUCUCGUUUCUAGGUCUCGAUUUCUCCGAAGAUCUGCUAUCUCCAGGAUAAUUUCUUUGGGCAGAAAAGAUGGCUUCCCCACUCACUCCGACUUCGCCGAACACUUCUGGGGGCGAGAACCACGAGCUCAUUGCCCUUCACAAUGAAAUGAUGGGUGAUCACGAGAUACUAAUCGACGAGAUGAUGCUCAACAAUGAGAUAGUCCCGAUGGAGAUGGAGAACAGUUUGGUAUCCGAAAUGCCGCCCAAGAAACGCCGUAAGAAGAAGUCGAUGGUCUGGGAGUUCUUCACGAUCGAAUCGGUCGGGAACGGGUGCCGGAGGGCGCGUUGCAAACAGUGCGAGCAGACCUUCUCUUACAGCCGAGGCUGUAAGGUGGCGGGUACCAGCCACCUCAAGCGGCACAUUGCCAAAGGCACCUGUGCUGCCAUCCUCCGCAACCAACAGCUAUUGAACAAUGACGACGACGACAACAACAACAACAACCUGCUGUGUAGUGCUCCGGCGAAGAUGAGGGGAUACCGCGGCGGAACCACCACGAACAUGCCAAAGAGGCGUUACCGGACCGCUGCCACGCCUGCAAUCACGUUCGACGUGGACCGUUGCCGCCAAGAGCUCUCUAGGAUGACCAUCAUGCAUGACUACCCCCUCCACAUGGUUGAGCAUCCGGGGUUUGUCGCUUUCGUCCACACCCUUCAGCCGCGGUUCGACAUGGUCAGCUUCAACACUGUUCAAGGAGACUGCGUGGCAACUUACCUCAGGGAGAAGCAAUCCCUUUACCGGUUGAUUGAGGGAAUGCCGGGGAGAAUCUGUCUCACCCUAGACAUGUGGUCCUCCCACCUCCGAGUUGGCUUCGUUUUCAUAUCCGGACAGUUCAUCGAUUCUGAUUGGAAGAUUCACCGGAAAGUUCUCAACGUCAUCCGGGAACCGUUUCCGGAAUCCGAGUCCGCUUUCAGCCAUGCCAUCGCCGCUUGCCUCUCGGACUGGAACAUCGACGGCAAGCUCUUGUCGGUCACGGUCAAUCAACCCACGAGUGAUCCGAAUAAGGUCCGCGCAUUGCUCUCCGUCCAGAACCCGACGAUUCUUGACGGUCAGUUGUUGGUCGGGAAUUGUCUUGCUCGCACGCUGAGUAGCAUCGCGGCGGAUGCCUUGACUUUUGCUCAAGACGUCGUGAAGAAAGUAAGGGAAAGUGUGAAAUACGUGAAGACUUCUGAAUCCAAUGAGGAAAGGUUCCUUGACCUGAAACAGCAGCUUCAAGUUCCCACCACAAAGAAUCUGUCAUUAGAUGACAGGACACAGUGGAACACGACGUUUGAGAUGCUAGCCGCCGCGUUUGAGUUGAAGGAAGUGUUCUUGUGUCUGGACAAGUCCGACCCGGACUACACGGGCAGCCCGUCGGCCGAAGACUGGAAGCUGAUCGAGACGCUACAGCAUUACCUGAAAAUCCUAUUCGACACCGCGAGUCUUCUGGCGGGCCCGAGGAUCCCGACGUCGAACGUGUUCUUCCACGAGGCUUGGAAGAUUCAGUUGGAACUCGCGCGGGCGUCCGUCAGUGAGGACCCGUUCGUCCACGGGCUGACCAAACUGAUGCAGGAGAAGUUUGACCGGUACUGGACGAGCUGCUUCCUGAUCCUGUCGAUUGCGGUGAUCGUGGACCCGCGCUUCAAGAUGAAGCUCGUCGACUUCAGCUUCUCCAAGAUCUACGGCGAGGAUGCCACGUCGCACGCGAGUGCUGUCGACCAGGGGAUCCACGAGCUGUAUCAGGACUACGCGCGAGAAAAUGACAGGGCGGCAAUGCCAGCUGGCGGCGGCGAGUCGGGCGGGCUGACGGAUUUCGACAAGUUCGUCAAGUCGACGUCGAGCCAGCUGGCGAAGUCGGAGCUGGACCAGUACUUGGAGGAGUCGCUGCUGCCGCGGGGCCACGGGUUCGACGUGGUCGGGUGGUGGAAGGUGAACCGGAUGAAGUACCCGACGCUGUCCAAGAUGGCCCGCGACAUACUGACCGUUCCGGUGUCGACCGUGACGGGGGAGUCGGUGUUUGGCACGGUGGUGCCGAAAGAGAUGGACCGGUACCGGUGCUCGUUGCGGCCGGAGACGGUGGAGGCGCUCGUGUGUGCAAAGGACUGGCAGCAGCAGGAUGAGUCUGCAAGAAGCAGCAGCACCAGUCUUAUUGUAUCUCCAAUUAAAUUGGAAGUCACCAUUUAAUAUUCUACCCUCUCAAUGUGUUUCUUUUUUCCUUCUUCUUGUCCCCCUCUUUUGAAUAGUGAUAUUUUCUAAGAAAUGGUUUAACAUACA